GAGAUACAACAGCUGCCGGCAGGGGGCGUUGUUGGAUGUAAUUUAUGCUCCAGACGCCUGCAGAAAACCUCUAUUGAUCCUGCGUCUCUGCUGCGUGACGUCACAUAUCCUUAGCCACCAGGUCGCCGGCUGAUGACGUCAGAGAAGAUGAAGCGGGUAUAGGCGGCGCAGUGUGCUGAGGCAUCUCAUCAUGCCAUCCUGUGUUGUGCGUGGUUGUGUUUGCACAUGGAAGAAGCGUGAUCCUUCUAUAAUUCUUCAUUGUUUUCCAAAAGAACCUGAAAAAAUCAGGCAUUGGCUGCAACAGACUGGACAAUAUAUCACAGAUCAAUAUGACAUUGAACUUGAUAAAAUGGUUGAGAAAGUAUAUCUUGGAAAAGUAUGUAACUCCUAUAGAAUGUGUUCCUUACACUUCACAACUGACAGUUACUACUAUGAUGGUGAUCGGAAGCUUUUAAGAAAGGAUGCUGUUCCUUCUGUUUUUAAUAAAAUAAAGCCAUCUACGGGGUCGGGACUAUCAAGCACUUCUAAUGAUCAACACAUCCGUUCUGCUCUACCUGCUGGUAGCCAUAAACCAUCCAUCACUAGUACAACACAAACAUAUCGGGUUCCAGUCCAUAAUAAGGCAUCCUCACAACCCACCACUCAGAAAAUGACUUUAGUUCCUGUGGUUCCUCAACAUGUUUUAUUUCAAGCCUGUAGAAUUAGGAAAAAAUCUAAUUCAGACAGGUCAUUCCAUACUUACUCAACUUCAGCCACUACGUUUGAGGACAUGCAAAAGCAUUCUGCCUUAUCUUGUGUAAGUCUGACAUCAUCCGUAUUGAGACCUUCUGCCUCAUCCGUUUUGGAAGUACCAGUGUCAUUAUCGUCUGUCCAACAGAACACACCUGCAAUUUCAGAAUAUACAGUAUCACCCCAUAGUGGCAAACUGAAAAAACCAAGACCAGCUUCCACUGCCAAAACUCUAUCUUCCACCAAAUCUUCCUGUCCAACAAUAUCAUUAUCCUCAGUGUCAAGUCCAGGAAUCUCUAAUUCUGGAUCUGGCAAGUCACCCUACAAAACUUUGACAGCUUCACAAAUUCCUUUGACUGUUGGUGCAACACAGCCGUGUUCCAUGACAGUUCUUCCGGUUUCUGGAAUAGUGUCCUCUGUGACACAGACAUCAAGACCAACAUCAGGUUUGGCACAGAAACCACCCUCUAUAUCUGUUGUCAAUAUUCCACUUGACACACCCUCUUCACAACCUGUAAUCCCUGGUUGUCAGCCACCUUCAAAAAAAAGAAAACUGGAGGAAAAUAUUGUUUUCUUUGACAACCGUAAUGCAUCCUCUUAUGGUUCAAGUGUUUUGCCUAGUCAUUGUAUGAGCCAAACAUCUAAUGCAGGUAAACUUUAUUUUGUAUCAACCAAUGCCCCAUUGGUUCAACCAACUUGUCUAAUUCAGAAGCCUAAAAUGGUUGACAAGGGUGUCAACACAGAUUUCUUAAUAAAUAGAAAAGGCUGCUGUUGUUUUCCCGCAGACUCAAUGCAUAGAAAAAGAAAUGCACAAACACAAACUAAAAUACAUAGAAAACAUUGUAAAAUCAUGUGCAGCUUAGUUCCAAGUGAACCAGCUAAUGACUUGGAAUCAACCUUAUCUCAUGUCAGCACAGAAGAUGUAGGAUUUAGUGAUUGCAGUUCUUCCAGGUCAAGUGACUGUGGUGAUGAUCCAUAUGACAUUUUGGAAAACGUUAAUUUAGAUUUUGUUAAAGUUGAAGUCUUAGAAGAUUCUGAAAUAGAUAUAUCUGAAGAAGCUUCUUCACAUGAUUAUAAACAAGAAGUCCAGAUCAAAGAAGAAACUGAAUCAUCUGCAGGGCAUGCAGUUGUAUCUCCAACACUUCAUAAAAGGACCUGUACAUUACCAGAUUUUGACAUCAGCACAGUGAAAUUAGAACAGGAUAUAAAAACAGAAGAGGAUCAAUUUCAAAUUUCUAGUUCCAUACAAAAAAUCACUAACUUCGUACCACAAAUUCCCAAAAUUGAAAGGACUUCACCCAUUCCAAAUGAACCAUUGGCCCGGGUUUGGCGAAAUCCAACUUCUUGGGAAACAUCUGCCAUACAGACUGAUGGACUAGAGGACCUAAAUGACUCCUCGUUCUAUAUCAAUGAAAUGAGUGAGGAUGAAGAUGAAUCAUUCUUACUUCCAAGUGAUGCAGAAGAUGAAGACGACAUAAAACCUGUGUUCCAGGACUUGGAUUCACCAGUGGAGAAUCCUGUUGAAGAAGAAAAGUAUAUUGUUUUUGAAUCCUGUCUGAAAAAGCUAAUAAUGAUGAUCCCGUGUAGGUCAGAAACAAAGUGUAUGUCACCACUUACACAAUACAGAAAAGAAACCAUUGGAUCCUAUUUGUCUAUAGAAGUUCGUUGCAGAUCUGGUCAUACAAGUUUACUAUGGGAAAGCCAGCCAAGACAUGGAUAUCAACCAAUGGGAAAUGUUCUGUUAUCUGCCGCAGUGCUAUUUAGCGGUUCAAGUUUUCUAAAAUCCCAACAUAUGUUUAAAUUGCUAAAUUUGAAAUCAAUAGACAAAAGUACGUAUUCUAAAACUCAGUCUAUGUACCUGUUUCCUACCAUUAAUCAUCACUGGAAGGAGGAACAAAAAGCAGUCAUACAAAGUGUCCAGGAAAGACCACUUUGCUUGGCAGGAGAUCAACAAUUGGACAAUCCUGGAUUUUCUGCCAGGUACUCUAUAUACUCCAUGAUGGAUGUGGCUAGCAAGAAAAUUUGUUCAUUUUCAGUACAGCCAGUUAUUCCACAAGUGACAUUAGAAGAUUUAGAAAAAAUAGGAUUUCAGAAGUCUAUGGGUGAGCUCCAAACUCUGAAUGCUGAAGUGGAAAUGAUUGUUACUGACAGAAGUGUUGCUAUUCAGGAACUUCUGAAGAACAAUUAUCCUGGUAUCAUUCAUCAGUUAGAUCUGUGGCACCUAUCCAAAUCAGUUGGCAAUGAAGUUUUAAUGGCAGCCAAACAUAAAGACUGUGAAAUCUUAUAUGAAUGGGUGGAGGCAAUCAGGAACCAUAUUUGGUGGAGUUCUUGCACUUGUUGUAAAAACCCAGAUUUGUUAAUUGAAAAAUGGAAAUCGGUUCUUCAGCAUGUUACCAAUGUUCAUGAGUGGGGUGGUAAUAGUGACUGUAAAGCGUGCCAUCAUCCACCUCUACCAGAAGAAGUGGUGAACAGUACAAACUGGUUGAAGAUAGACUCAACUGCCCAUGAACAACUCAAAAAAAUAGUUGAAAAUACCAGUCUAUUAAAGGACUUAAAACAUCUCUCCUUCCUCUGUCACACUGGAGAGUUAGAGAUCUACCUUGCCACUUGCCUUAAAUAUCGUCCAAAGACGUUACAUUUCUUCCUGGAUUCUAUGGUAGCACGGACACAACUCGCAGCCCUUGACCACAACAGAAAUGUCUGUAGAGUUAAGGAAUUUGUGAAAAAUGCUUCAAGUGGAGAUGCAUUAAGUACUAUGACACAGGGAUUAAAAGCCUCGAAAGGCCAAAAGUCAUGGAUUUUAAAGGCUCUGUAUCAACCAAUUUGCCAACAUUUUCUUUUUGACAUCAUGAAUGAUGUCAUAGCAUUUGUCAAAGAGGAGAAGACAUUUCAAUGACCAACUAUUAAUGGAAAAGCACCACUUAACAGUUUCGAAACAAUCAUUAGCUGGCCUUUUUAUUUAAUGUGUAGUUCAUCUCCCAGAAAACCCUAAAAUGCUAUAACUUGCACAUUUUGAAUGAUCAAUUACAAAGUUGCUGUUACAACUAUUUCCAGUGCCAGCAGAUAUCUCAAGUAAUUUUAUGUUCUAUUUUUUAUAAACCAAUAUGUUCUAAUAAAAUAGAGACAAGAAAAGUGUGUCCCAGCUGCUUACAUUAGAGGUGACCACUUACCAUAAUGGUUUAUAGAAAAAUUUAAACCGUUAUUUGAUAACUAGGCCAGUUUGCUUCAUAAUUUUAAAUUUUAUUGGCUUUAGUAAGGCCUCAUUCACACCAGCGUUCAGCCUUUCCGUUC